AUGGAAAGCUCUAGCAACAGCAGCAACAUGGGUCGGCAAAGGCGAUCAGGGAAUUCAUCUGAAGGCGUUGAUUACAUAAGCCACCUACCUGAAGCAAUCAUGCUUUAUAUUCUCUCGCUCUUGCCUAUCAAAGACUUGAUGGUGGUGAGCCUCCUAUCAAGACUAUGGAAAAGCAUGGUAGUCAAUCACCUGUCCAUAGUACCGUCAAGCCUAAACCUUGACGAAUUUGAGGCAAUCACAAGCUUCAUUACUGAAACUGCUCAGCGCCACCAAUGCUCUGAUUUUCAUAGUCUCUAUGGCUCUCCAGAAUACCUAACGAAUUUGAUAAAUGCAGCAAGAAGCCAGUACAUGGAUUAUGUAAAUCGAACUCUCAUGCUUCAUACUGGAUGCACUAUUAACAAACUUGAGUUAUCUUUCUGUUAUGAUGGCAGUGACAUGUACACCGGAAGGCUUACCAGAUGGGUUCAUUUUGCCUUUACUAACAAAAUCAAGAGUCUUGAUUUUGACUUCUCUAAAGCAGAAAUGCUGGGACCCACCGACUUCCUUGAACCAUAUGAACUGCCUAAUAGGACUUUUUCCCCAAGGAUGUUGCGAAAAUUGACCUUGACCUAUUGCAAGCUUAGAGGAAUUAAUUUUGGUAUUAUGUGGUAUCUUAAGAAAUUAAGCUUAAGGCAGGUAACAAUUCUUGAAUGCUCCAUAGGGCAAUUAGCAUCCAAAUGUCCCGUUUUGGAGGAUGUAAGUCUGGAACAAUGUGUUAUUCCGAAUGAAUUCAUGGUGAGUGAACCGGACAUUAUGUUCAAAAGAUUGUCGUUGAUCGACUGUAAAACUGAGGAGUGGCCCAUGUUUAGCAUACAAAUAUCAACUCCAGAGCUGUUAAUACUGACAGUAGUUGGAAAAUACCUGAUGGCUUCAAGCAUAAGAAAUGCAGUGCAGCUCCUCAAUGUCACAAUUGACAUUGAACAGGUAUAUGCAGACCAUGUACAAGGAGAUGCAUUAGGUUCACUGUUGAUUGGUUUAGACCAUUGCAAAACACUGACCUUGACCACCUGGUGCAUUCAGGUUCUGCCUACAGGGGAAGAUUUUCUGGAACAAUUGCCAAACCCACUCCAAGAUCUGCUGCACCUGAAGUUGAUUCUUGGCUUAGGGAAACAAGAAUUGCCUGGAAUAGCAUGCCUGAUAAGGAGCUGCCCGAACUUAGAGAUUCUAACUCUCACUGUGGAAGAAUCUAUAGAUGUCGACUGGGCUGAGUUCCAAGAAGAUAUUCCAGAUAUAUUAGACUUUGAAGAGUACAGCUACUGGGAUUUACAGGAGUUGCCAUUCGAUUGUAUGGAAAACAGUCUCAGGCAAGUCAAAAUCACUGGAUUUACUGGGAAAAGCAAUGAGAUCCAGAUGGUUAAGUUCUUACUGGAAAAUGCAGAAGUUCUCGAAAAGAUGGAGAUCUUCUUAGCUGAGACAGGACAACUCCCAUUAUCUGCUAACCUUCCCAAGGGUGGCUCCUGA